GGCCAGAGGCCUUUGCAUGUGGCAUCCGAAGCGGGCCACCUCCACGUGGUCGACCGGCUCACGCAAGCCAAGGCCAACUUGGAGGCGGAGGAAGGCAUGUGGUGCCGGACGCCGCUGCAUCUUGCGGCGAUGGGAGGCCACCCCGCCACGGUGGACCGGCUCGUGGCGGCCGGCGCCGCCGUCGACGCGAAGGACGGAGAUGAUGAUACGCCUCUCCACUGGGCGGCCCGCCGCGGCCACUCCGACGCGGCGCAGCGCCUGGUCGACGCCGGCGCCGACGUCGACGCCCAGGACGACCGCGGCGAAACGCCCUGGGAUUUGGCCCAAAGGGUUGGCAAAGAGAGGCCGAUGGCGCCGGUUCUGCGUCCCGUCCAGGUGGGCCUGCUGAGUGGCCGAACUGUGCGCUGUGACCCGGAGCCCAGCCGUACAGUGCGAGACCUGCUCGAAGAAGCCCAGUCAAAGCUUGGGACUGGGAUCAAGCAGCUCGUCACGAGCUCUGGGACUGUUUUGAAAGAACAGUUGUCUUUGCAAGAAGCUGGCAUUGACUACACCAGUUUUGUGACCGCCAUUGCUCCGGUCACCGAUGGUGAGGAAAUCAGUGCUUCACAAAGUGCGCCUCAGGAGACACAGGGAGGAUAUCUCGAAGCUCUUGGAGUCCUUGGAACUCGGAGCAAGUACAACCUGCAAGACCCGCAGCAGCUGAUUCGACUUCUCCUCGACGCAAACAUUGGCUUGAUGCGGUUGGAGUACUUGCGGGAGAUGCUUGCCGCAGAUCGAAGGUUCCCUCGCAGGCAGGAAGCAGACUUCGAAGUCACGGCUGCAGGUCUUCCUGCCAUCGUUCAACCAUCAGAGUUGCAGAGUGUGGAGAUUGAUGACUUGGGCAACAUGAGCAUGUACGUCAUGGACCCCACACCGCGGAGGGUGACGGUGCUUAUCAUGUCAAUCUCUCACGUUUGGGAGAGCAUGGAGCAUCCAAACCCACAUGGGUUUCAGCUCCACGAGAUCGUCCAAAAGUGCCCCCCAGUCACCUCCACUUGUGCAGUUUGGAUCUUCUAUGACUUUAGCUCGCUUUAUCAGUACGGUGGCCGAACUGAACCACAGGAAAGGUACUUCAGAGAAGCUUUGGCACACAUGCACACCCUCUACGCCCACGAGGCAAUCAAGGUCCACAUAGUGGAAGAGCUCACUCCUGAGACAUGGAAGCGUCCAGGAACUGUCAAUGCCUUCUCUGAGAAGGCAGGGCGUGUGAUUCCUAUGCCAAUUGACCAACUCACGGUGAAUAUGACACCUUACUUGCUCCGAGGAUGGUGUCAAGCCGAACGGCAAUGGUCAAGCCUGCGGAUGUCAUUAGACAACUGCGUUCCAAUGCCACCGGACCUAUUCCGCCACAAGAUGGAGGAACAAGGUCUCCGUUUCACCCACCAUGAUGACAAAGAAGUUGUGAUGAAGCUGCAAGCUCAGGUCUUUGCAGAGAAGGUCUUGACCACCCGGCAGUUGAUGGCAGAGCGGUUGGACGCAGAUGCUCUUGACGUUCUUUGUGCAGCUUUGCCGUUCUAUGCAGAUCUAGAUGAGGUCGUAGUCACCGGCAACUUAUUGCCAUUGAAUGCAGCUGUGGCAGUGGCUAAGACGAAUGCACGAUCCUACCAAAUGGAGUCCUGUGGACUCGGAGAUGAAGAUGUGGAACACAUCGCUGCAAUAUUACUACGUUGCAACAAGGUCGAGGAGCUGAGACUAGCACGUAACAAUAUAGGCAAGAGAGGGCUUCAAGCCUUGGGAGACUUGAGGAAAGCAAAACCGAACCUCUACAUCGAUGUCCUAGCCGACGAAGCAAAUGGCUCCGAGACCUGACAUGAAAGACAACACACAGGGCGGCAUUUUGCCAGAUCGAUGUCACGGCUGUGGAGCAAGAUGAAGACAGUUCUUGCCUAAGCAAGCUGGCGACAUCCUUUUUGGAAGCAACCUUGCAAAUUGAAAGUUUGUGCAUGCGCAUGCGACUGCUUGGAUGAGGCUCAGUUCGAGUGCCAGC